GGCAGCUGUGACUAGAAGUCAAGCUUCUUACGACACAUAAGUAAACAAGAAACACUUUACGGCAAUAAACAUGGCUUCUCAGUUUAGCGGAGUGUUACAGUUGACAGAUCUCGAUGACUUUAUAACUCCUUCUCAGGAAUGUGUGAAACCUGUCAAAGUACACAAGACACAAGGCAAAUCUGUUGCCAAAAUUCAGAUAGAAGAUGAUGGAAGUUACGUGCAAGUAAACCAGGAUGGUGGCAAAAAGAAGCUGGAGAAAGCAAAGAUCUCUCUGAAUGACUGUUUGGCCUGCAGUGGUUGUAUUACCUCAGCCGAAAGUGUCCUUAUCACGCAGCAGAGUCAUGAGGAGCUUUUCAAAGUCCUGCGCAACAACAAGGCCAACCCAGCAGAGCAAAAGGUUGUGGUGGUGUCUGUUUCACCACAGUCCAGAGCCUCCAUCGCGGCACGCUAUAACCUCAGCAGUAGUGAAGCAGGGAGGAAGCUUACCUCUUUUCUCAAAGGUCUUGGGGUUCAUCAUGUGUUUGAUACCAGCUUCAGCCGGAGCUUCAGCCUCUUGGAAAACCAGAGAGAAUUUAUUGAGCGUUUCCAGAGGAAAGAGCGAGACAAAAAGGCUCUGCCCAUGCUAACAUCUGCCUGUCCAGGUUGGAUCUGCUAUGCAGAGAAGACCCACGGGGACUUCAUUCUACCACAUAUUAGUACCACUCGCUCUCCCCAGCAGAUGAUGGGUUCCUUGGUUAAAGGCUAUUUUGCUGAACAACAGGGGCUGAGUCCACAGCAGAUCUACCAUGUGGCAGUAAUGCCCUGCUUUGACAAGAAACUUGAGGCAUCAAGAUCAGACUUUUACCUCACCAAAGCCGAGACACGAGAGGUGGACUGUGUCAUCACCUCUGGAGAGGUUCAGAAAAUGCUGGAGGAGGAAAAUGUUUCCCUUAAUGAACUGGAGCCAGCAGCCCUCGAUAAUGUGUUCAGCAGCGUUUGUGGUGAUGAGUUCCUGAGUCAUGCUGGGAGUGCGUCAGGGGGUUACCUCCAUCACGUCUUCACCUUUGCUGCAAAGCAGCUAUUUGGUGAAGAAGUGAAGGAGCUUACUUACAAGACCAUGAGGAAUAAAGACUUCCAGGAGGUGACUCUAGAAAAAGAUGGAGUAGUUCUGUUGUCAUUCGCUUCUACAUACGGCUUCCGAAACAUCCAGAACCUUGUGCAGAAACUUAAGAGGGGAAAGUCACCAUAUCACUUCGUAGAAGUCAUGGCUUGUCCUUCGGGUUGUCUAAAUGGUGGUGGACAGGUGAAGCCUGUUGCUGCUCAGAACCCAAAGGAGCUUCUUCAGAAGGUCGAGGAGCUGUACAGGUCUGAGCGCCCUCUACCACCAGAAGAUGACGCACACGUGGCAAAGCUGUAUCAUUCCUGGCUUCAAAGUAUAGGAGAGGAAAGAGCCAAAGAGCUGCUACAUACAAAGUACCAUGCUGUAGAGAAGAUGACAAACGGACUCACUAUGAAGUGGUGAUGGCUGUGUUGUGGCAGCAUGAUUUUAAAGUUUUAUUUUUUUCAUUCAGCAAACACCAACUUUAGAACUAUCAAAAUAGGUCACCGUUUGUGAUAAUGACAAUCUUACAAUAUUGAUCAUCCUUUCUCAUGAUCAGCAUUUUCUCAUUUCUCAUAUAUACAUGGCAAUAAUUUACUUGACACCUAAAAAUGUACAUUAAAAAUUAAACAGAAUAAUAGCUUUCCUAUUUAUUUGUGAUUUUAUUUGUAUGUACUGUAUGUGCACAUUUAUAGACAUGGAAUAAACAAAUGAUUAAUUACAA